ACAUUCGUUCAAUGGCUGGAGGACAAGAGAAAUGGUAUUUUACAAAAGAGCAACUACAGAAUUCUCCAAGCAGAAGAUGCGGUUUAGAUGCAGAUAAAGAACUUGCCUACCGGCAGCAGGCAGCGAACCUCAUUCAGGAUAUGGGCCAACGGCUCCAAGUUUCACAACUAUGCAUCAACACGGCUAUUGUGUAUAUGCAUCGCUUCUAUGCGUUCCACUCGUUUACACAGUUCCACAGGAACGCAAUCGCCGCGGCGGCACUCUUCCUCGCCGCAAAGGUGGAGGAACAACCACGAAAAUUAGAAUAUGUAAUAAAGGUAGCACAUGUCUGCCUUCACCGGGGUGAGGGAGUGAAUGCCCUCACUACGGAACAGUAUCAAGAACAGGCGCAGGACCUGGUAUUCAACGAGAACGUACUCCUACAGACGUUAGGUUUCGAUGUCGCGAUCGACCAUCCGCACACGCACGUCGUACGCACGUGUCACCUUGUCAAAGCGCCAAAGGACUUAGCGCAGACGUCAUAUUUCAUGGCGUCGAACAGUCUACAUUUGACGACAAUGUGCUUGCAGUACAGGCCGACUGUUGUUGCUUGCUUUUGCAUACAUUUGGCCUCUAAAUGGAGCAAUUGGUCGAUUCCUCAAUCGCACGAGGGCCGGCACUGGUUCUCUUACGUGGACCGCAGUGUGACGACAGAGCUGCUGGAGCGGCUCACGGCUGAGUUCCUGCACAUCUUUGACAAGUGCCCAUCACGACUCAAGAGGAAGAUGAUGACUAUGUCCAAUAACAGCGGAAGUUCACCGCACUCGAACGCGGCUCAUCAGUCCUCCUCCGCAGGCGUCGCCAACUCACCCUUCGACAAGAAGCACCCGCCGCCCAAUAGCGACGAGUUCGAUAAGUCGUUUGAUAAAGAAUACGAGCGCGAGAGGCGUCGUCAACCCGGUGCCGGCGGCUAUGUGCCGGCCACGGCGCCCCCUGCCGCCAACCCCCCACAGCCACAGAAGAUCGACUACAACCUGUACAGAGAAAAGAGGGAGCGAGAGGAAAGAGAACGGAGACAAGCCGCGCUGCAGCAGGCGAGGCCGAGCUCCUCGCAACAGCCCAGACCGCCCGGGGGCUCCCAGCCGCCGCCGCACCACCAGCGGCCCUCUUCCAGCCAGCACCACCAUAAACCCCACCACGCCUGGCCGCACCACAAACCGCCCCACCACAAGCCUCCUCACGAAAAACCACCUCACGAAAAACCGUCUCAUGAGAAAACAUCUCAUGAGAAACCGUCUCACGAGAAACCUCCUCACGAGCACCGGCAUCACCGGCCGCAAGUCCACCCUACGACCCCAGCGGCGCCGGUUUCUCAUCCGCCGCAGCCGGAGCAAAUACCUCAACGGACGCGCCCACCUUCGCUGUUCUCCCCAGAAAAUGCGACCACACCCACGGCAGCCGCCGCCGCAGCCCCCCGGAGACCACAACCCUCCCAGCCACAGAAUAGAGAGCAUAGACCUCCCCGGCCCGAGUCUCGCCCGAUACAACAACCCCCUUCUAUCCCUGCUCCGAUUCAACAAUCUCAUACGCAGCCAGUAAUAGAUCAGCGUGCCCCCAGUCCGCAUAAAAAACGACCAGACCCCACGGCCGCGAUAAGAGAGAUGCAACCGCCGGCCAUACUGUCCCCCUUCUCGUCUCCCCCCGCAAAAGAGCCCACGCCCAAGCCGAGACAACGCGCCCCCUCCAACUCUGAGCCCGAAUUAAUUCCCGUCGUGAAAAAACUAGACGAGACCCCCGGCUACGAAAAUGUGAUACGAGACUCACAGCGUGGCAACACAAUUAGGUCCCGUCCCCCGGAGCAGAGGAAGCCCGAGCCCGUCAGAAGUCUCAACGGUAUAGAGACCGACCCCACCUUGGUAUCCAAUUUACUCAAAGAGAGUUUAGCGAAACCGGCGCCUAUAACUGUGCAGACGGAGCGCAAGUCUCCCGUCGAAGUCAAGCGCGAACCUGUCAUAGAGCCCCCCGCCCCGGUCCAACUCCCACCGCAACCCGAUCCCCCGGCCCAACCCCUGUCGCAGGAGGAGGCCGACCACAAGCACAAGAAGGAAAAGAAGAAAAAGGACAAACACAAACACAAGGAUCGCGAUAAAUCGAAAGAGGAAAGGAAGAAACAUAAAAAGGACAAGGAAAGGGAGAAAAAGUUGGAACCGAGCCCUCAACCACCACCGGCGGAGCCUCUGACGGAUGGUGCUUUAAGGAUAACCAUACCGCGAGACAAGUUGUCCACCAGUCCCGGCCUCAAGAUCAAGAUCCCGAAGGAGCGGCUCGCCGCGCCGCCGCCGCCGCCGCAGCCCUCCGCCGGACUCAAGAUCAAGAUAUCCAAGGAGGUUCUCGAGACGUCGAGAAAGCGGACCGGCGUCCCCGAGCCUGGCCCGCCGCCCAAGAUGCCGCGUCAGAACGGAGCUCCGCACCACAAGGUAGGCAAUUGGAACGUCCCACCCCCUUACAGACCCCCUCUACCUUACUACGUGGUGCAGCCGCCGCCCCCGCUGUACUUCGGCAUGGGCAUGGACGGGUACUUCUACGGCGGCAUGUACGGGCCGCCGCAGCCCCGGCCCCAGAUGGCGCUGCCGCAGCCCCCGCGGCCGCCCCACGCCCCGCACCCCCCGCAGCCCCGCGCACAACCCCCGCUGCCCGCCAUGCCGCCGCCACCAGUACCGCCGCCGCCACCCGAGUAGUCGCAUGCCUAUAACCGAUAGGUUAUUUCUUAUUUAAUGUACCUGUCUAAUGGUACAAAUACAGUAGUUUUAUCUUAGGCUCAUCUAAGGCCAGGUUCUCACAAAUUGACAGCCCCCGAGACCUCUACUAAGAGUAAUAUCCUAUAGUUGAUUCAAUGUGAACAAAAAUGACUACUAUGAAUAUUUUUGCAACUCUCAUAUUUAUAUUGACUAAAGGUGGUAAUUAUUUGGACAAUGAAGUCGCUUAUAAAGACUGCGUUGAUAGUUUUCUUUAGUGAACAUUUUACAUAAAAUAAAACAGGGAUUAGAAAAACUACACGAAAAUAUUUUAAAA